AAGCACUCACGACUGCACGCAUUUGCGGCUCUUUUUGUGGACGCCGCAACUCGCACACUCAGACGCGGAGCAUCUCACGUGCGCGCGAAUAACUGCGACUCAUACGGGAGCGUCGGCGGCUUACGUGCAGCGGGCGUCCAAUAUAUACCCGGCCCCCGUCACAUUGUUGGGAACGUGGUGUGUGCAAUGAACUGCAUGAUAUCAUGAAGGGGAUCGCUCUUUUCAUCGUCUCGCUCUGUGCGUCAAGCAUCCUAUGUCUCCAGGCGAAGGCAUCGUCACUCACGGAAGAUGACGCAGCCAGCAAGCAACGCGUGUUCUUCUGCUACUGGGGCAGCUGGUCGCACUACCGCAGCGGCGCCGGCAAGUUCUCGGUGGACCAGAUCGACCCGUCACUCUGCACCCACCUGGUGUACGCCUUCGCAAAGCUGGACAAUGGCGUCAUCGCGGCGUUCGAUGCCUACCUGGACCUAAAGGACAACUACGGCCUCGGCAUGUACGAGAAGGUGAACAAGCUGAAGGCCGCGUACCCGCACCUGAAGACGCUGCUGGCCAUCGGCGGCUGGAACGAAGGCUCAGAGAAGUACUCUCGCAUGGCAUCCACUCCGGAGGGGCGCCAGCGCUUCGCGCGGAGCGUGCUGGACUUCAUCGACAAGCACGGUUUCGACGGGCUCGACCUCGACUGGGAGUACCCGGCCGCCAGGGGAGGCCUGCCGCAAGACAAGGAGAACUUCGUGUUGCUGCUGCAGGAGCUCCGGACAGUUCUUGGUCCUGGACGACUUUUGACAGCGGCUGUAUCUGCAGGGGAGAGCACUGUGGAUGGGGCCUACGAUGUGCCUGCGAUUACAAGGCACCUGGACUACAUUUCCGUCAUGGCGUACGACUUCUUUGGGGCUUGGAACAGUUACACUGGACACUGUUCACCGCUAGGAGUCCGCGAAAGCGCCAGUGAAGAUGAGAAAAAGCUCAACGUGGUGCAAGCUGUCAAGAUGUGGCUUGACAAGGGUGCGAAACCGAACAAGCUCGUGCUAGGCAUGCCCCUUUAUGGGCGCACCUUCACGCUGGCCAACCCGAAGAACGACGGCUUUCUGGCUCCCACAGUGGGUCCCGGACCCGCUGGGCCCGCAACUGGAGAAGCUGGUUACCUUGGCUACAGUGAGAUUUGCAUGCAGCUUCUGGCAUCCAAGGACUGGAAAAUAACACGAGAUGCUGGCGUGGUCGCCCCAGUAGCUGUGAAAGGAAACCUGUGGAUCGGCUUUGACGAUGCGCAAAGCCUCACAGCAAAAGUCCUGUUCGCACGCUCCCUGGGUCUCGCUGGCGCCAUGGUCUGGUCCAUUGAAACGGAUGACUUCUCAGGAACAUGUGGAGGUGUGAAAAACCCCCUGCAGAGAGCUAUAAAAGAUGCACUUGAAGCUAAUGCCACCAUACCACUCCCAACUAUGGCAACGAAUUUGCCAUCAACAACACCAGCGGAGCCGAAACCAGAAAUGUCGACUACAGGAAUGAACUUGCCAUCAACACCAGCGGAGCCGAAACCAGAAACAUCGACUACAGGAAUUAAAUUGCCAUCAACGCUGCCAGCGACAUUGAAACCAAAAAAUGAGGCUGGUGUCAGUCCACUUACGACGACAAGUUUCCUUACGACGACAACAUCUGCACUAGAGCUAAAGUGUUCUAAUGACGGUUUCUACACAUAUCCGAAUGACCCACACAGAUUCUACAGGUGCGUGUCACAACUUGAUGGCACCUACACCAUCUAUUUCUUUGACUGUCCAGCGAACACAGUCUUCAAUCCCUCUGUCAACGUAUGCACAUUCUAGGCAUGAAAUAUUUGUGCUCUGAAUGAACCAGACUGCGGCACAUGCUGUCUAUAGCAGGCAACUUCAACUAAAAGUCACAUGUUAAAAAAAGAUAUGCCCCUCUACACACCUUCAUUCCAUCAACAGGGGUCACUGUCACAGUUUGAGACAUGACACAAUCUCCAAGUGGCUUAAUCAAGUUUAUCAAAAAAUCCUUAAGGCAUUUGUGUUUCUGUGGUCACAGAUGCACAGAAUCGGCUAUCUAGUGAAUUUUCUCGUCUAUAAGUGAGUAAGCUAGCAUCAACACGUAAACUAGGUAAAGCCAUGUGUAAUGUGAAUGUAGAAAAAGCCAAGUGACCUGCACAGCCAUCUAUUGAUAUACAAGUUGGUCUGAGAGCUGAAAUAAUGUCUGUGACUAUUGCAAAUAAAAGAGACAUUGGCUGCA